AUGUUUGCAGCCGACCUUGCAUCUAGAUCUGUUCAUAUCAUAUCGAUUUUUACAGAUAAUGAUGUGAACACUAAACUAUCAAUGUUUAAUAAUAAUUUUAAUGAUGAUUUUCUUUCCACCUUGGAAAUACAUGCUCCAGUUAAGACAAUUAAAGUUCGAAAUCGCCCUUGUCCUUAUGUCACAUCUGAAAUUAAAGAAUAUUGGUUUAUGGGGAACAACUUCAUCGCAAAUUACAACUGUCAUGAGAUAUUAACGAUUGGCAUGCUUAUAAAGAUGUUUGUGAAACUGUCAAAAUUACUCUCGAGAACGCCGGGAACAAUUAUGUACGUAACGAAAUCAGUGCUCUCAAAAAUAAAGUUGGAUCUUUGUGGAAAAUUAUAA